AUGGCGGACCAUGAGUUGGAUGACCUAGGGUUGAUCUCACCGCAGCACCGGCCAUCACUUGAGAGCAUAUCAGAUAUCGCAUCGACGCUCCGUUUACCCAACCAUCGCAGGAAUGACUCAGACGCCGACACUCUUACCGACCGACUUCUACUCUCUCCCGAAUCUGAACAUGGACGUUUCAAUACUAGAUCGUCCCGACAUUCUCCAAGAGUUCCUCAAAGUCCACUAUCUCCGAACGAUCUGAAGCAGCCCCAAAAACGAAAGACCCAUAUCAAAUUGCGACACAAACUGGGCUGGCUUGCGAUCACGCUCCUGAUCGCCACUCCGGUCGUUGUCUUAACCCUUGUUGAAGUCCUGGUCUUUCUAUGGUUCUCCGACUCUUCCAAUGGCAAUUGGCACUAUCUCAUGGUCAAUCAAUGGGCCACUCGGGCAGUCUCCAUCUCUGCUAUGAUCAUUCGAACUAUUAUCGACUUCCUUGCCGGAGUCGGUGCAUCGAUGCUGGCAGCUCUGGCUUUGGAAUCACACGCUGUGCGCCUUUGCGACUCGGCAGCUGUUUCUGUUAUGAGAUCUGGAAUGGCUUCGCCUUGGCGACUCCUCCUGCCCAUGUUCUUUGGGUCUCGAAAGGAAGGCGGAAUCACGCACUAUCUAUUUCUGCCACUGAUCAUCCUCUUGACAACUACCACCGUACUGCUUCAAUUUAGCUCUACGGCCUUACUCUCCGAUCUCAAACUUGGUCUUCUUGAAGGCUAUUCGACUAACAGAACUUUCUUUUAUGACUUCGAAUACAAUACAGCAACACGUGUUGGGGAUGUUCAAGGCUGGGAUCUAUACAAUUUAACAGCUGCUCCGCUUAUCCACCGUGGCAUAUCAUGGGCUAGAAACCCUCCUUUCUAUCCCACUUUUGGGGAAUAUACCGAAGCAGUGCCGAAGAAGAAAAAGGUAGAUGACACGGGGUAUACUUUCCGUGCAUUCAUGCCAUUCACAGACGCUCAAUCGCGACAAACUGUUCAAAAAUACACCGGAUCCUCGUUUGUUGUGGAUUCUCGAGUCUCCUGUCAGCAGCCGGAUUUUGAAACUAUUAACGUAACUAUUGGUGUCGAGAAGACCAUGGAUCAGACGGGAAGCCUAAUAUGGACUAUCUCUGGGAGCUUUACUAAUUCGACAGACGUUCCUGACCUCUGGACACCACCGGUCCCGAUACCGUUCGAGUGUAAAUAUCUCGUCGGAGUAGGAUCUUACUCGAUAUGUCAGAUGCAAGGGCCACAGUACUUGAUUUGGAGUCAGGAUUUUGAGCAUGAGAGCCUCCUCCAUGACAGGCUUGCAGCUGUACCAGGAGAGACUGCUGGAAGUCUAAAAAGCCAGCUCACAAACGUCACAGUCGAGCAGAUGAAACCGACACCGUUCGAUACCCUUCCGUCAUGGGGACCUACCUAUCUUAUCUUUCGAUCCUACGAUGAACAGGAUCUCGCUGCCGUUAAGAAUAUACAAGACUAUUCCACUGAUCAGCAAAACAACACACGCAUACAUUUCGAACCUUCGGAUACGGAAUGGCUCAAUAUGACCACGAGAAUGAGCGUAGCUGAUUCCGCCGCGAACAAUAUUGUUCUAUUCAACCAGACCAUUAGCGUGUCUCUCUGUUACACAUCGUGGCAAACUGCCGACUUGAGUACCCACAUGUCUUCGGAAUCCAGCCGUCAGGAACCCAGCUCGCAUAAAACUUCUCGCUCUGCCUACGAUUUCUCGGAUCUACGAAUCCAGAUGGGCCAGCACCCUAACAUCACUUCCCUAGAGGCUCGCAACGUCUUGAACCUUUCAGAAACCAUAUGGAUACCCACGAAUGACGACGCUGCUCCUAUACAGCAGCAACCCCCCGUCCAGGCCUUCGCAGAUAUGUCUGGAUAUGGCCUGCGAAAUCGAGAACGCACAGAGCUUAUACUCGCCCACACCUUCACCAAUGAGACGUCAAACGACACAGUCCUGAUUUACCCGAACUCCAUCGGAUUCGAGAGUAGCCGCCUAAGCGGCAAUUGGUCAGCUCUUGUGUUCGACCUGUCCAUCGGUCUCGCCUUUCCCCCCAACAUCACCAACUGCACACUCCCUGACCCAGCCCUCUCCUCCUUCUUCCUCGAAGCCAUGGCUCAAAACGGCUCCGUCGCAUCAACGAUGUCUUCCUUACUCACAAUCCUCAGCGGCAUGGCAUACUACGACCAGUUCCCUGCAUACACGAAGCAGGGCAAUGCAACGUUUGUCUUCUUCUCGAAUGUAUUGUAUCCUCAAGACACGCGAGGGUUCACAGCCGUAGUCAUUCUUAUCCUCCUCCAAACCUUCAUAUUUACGGUCAUCGCGACGCUGUUUGUCUGGAAGACGCGGUUCUCGAUGCUCGGCAAUGACUGGGCGAAUGUCGCGCAGGUGCUGGCGCCGGCGACCGAGGAGUUGGUGCGUGGCAGCUCGCGUGCGAUGGAUAAAGAGAUCAAGAGCGAGCUGGAGAUUAGGGGGACGAGGAAUAUGGAGGUUGGCGUGGGCCUGUUGGGGGAUGGAGAGAGCUUUGGGAUUACGGCGAGGAAGAGAUGGAAGGGGUAGGGGGCAGGUUGACGAGGCUGUACCCGGAAGUCAUUGUCACCUCGAAUCAGCCUCAUGAAGAAGACGCUCCCUGCUGUGUUCCUUUACCCUGGUACUCUGAGCACACCUGUAAGAUCUAAUCAGCAAGAGCAAGAAGCGCAAGGCUGAGGAGCUUGGGCGCUUUGUAUA